GCGAAAAAAAGAAAAUUGAAAAUGUGAAGACUCAUCUUCCGUUUUUUGUGAUCGAAAAUAGUGUGUGUCAUAAUAAACCCUAAACUGCGCUCUCCCUCCACAGUGAACCGCCACGUGUCAUCAUCCCUGAUGGUUUCCCUCUCUUAAAUACUCCGUAUUUACCCAAAAAGCCAUUCCUCUGUUCAUCUUCCCCUCUCACAAUCCACUCCCUCGCCGUUCAAUUUCCCGGCCGAAUUCCGAUUCCCUGCCCAACAAUAUGAACCAAAUUCCGACUGAUUUCCCGGACGCCGGCGAUAUUGAGGUUGCCCGCAUCUUACUCGAUUUCCCGAUCCUCUUCCGCAAACCCAAGCCGCUCUGCGGCUGGGGCUGCAAGCGGCGGAGAUCUAACUGGAACUCUCCCGCAGAUAACGAGCAUCAUUCACCGGCUCCCGAUCCGCCGCCGCCGCCGCGCGCGAUUAUUCUGGGUGGUACUGACUUGCCGGCGAGAAAAAGAGUGAAAUCCGGCGAAGGCUUGAGUCCUGUCACGCCUCUGUCCUUCCCAAGUGAAUCUGACGACAAACCUUCUCGCGCCCAUUCUAAGAAAAGGAAGAUAGAGGAAUUGAAUAGGAAUGUGGAUGAGUUGAUCAAGUGCCGAGAAAUGAGGGUUGGGAAAUUGGAGGCUAUGAUGGCUUUUUAUAACCACCAGAAGGCAUAUAAUCUUAAGUUGAAAGCAAGGAAACAUGAGCUAUGGAGUGCGUCCAAGAAACGAGGAGAGGUUUGUGAGACUUCAGUUGGGCCCAAUACGAGUGUGGUCCAACAACAGAAGAAGCAUUAUCAAUGUGUAAUGGGUCAAGGAUUGCAAACGGGCCCGAUGCAGGGAUUGUCGGAGUCUCAGAUUCGACCGGGCCUGUUUGAACAGCGUAGUGUCGGCCCAGGUGGAAUGCUUGGCCUCAACGUUUCAGCCCAGUUUCUAGGCGGGCCUGCGCAGCCGUUGGAUCUUGCUCGUAGAAUGGAGGGUGAUAAGAAGGCCAGGUACGCUGAGGCCCGGAGGAGUAGAAUGAUUAAGAAUAGCCUGAAGAAGAAGAUAAGGCAUAGUGGGUCCCGCGUUAUUACGCUUCCCCAUAGAAGACAAUAGUCGAUUUUUGGUUUUUUUUUCUCUCUUCCUUUUUUUUUGGGAUGUGGGGUGGGGUUAAUAGUAGUGAUUAGCCUUUUUUAAAGGAUGGUGGAAGUGAUUACUAAUCACUUGUCAAAGUGUAAUUAGUGUGGUUUUUUUUGAAUGUCUAAUAUCAUCUAUAAUCAUUUACAUUUAGUAACACAAAUUUAGUAUUUGUAUAUUUAUCCAAGUUAAUAAAAUAAUUUUAAAUAAUUUUAAAAUUAUAUAUAAAUACACAAAUUGUAAGUUUAUUAAAGUCAUGUCCAAGUU